GAGUGCAAUGAACAGUACCCUAAAAUGUGCUAUGGUGAUUGUACCAAUUCGGAUGGAUCACAUGACUGCCGGUGUCCGCUAGGAACCCAUGGCGACCCUACCAUGCCCGAUGGCUGCUUCAUCAAUUUCGUCCCAGGUAACUGCAGCACAUCCUGCGGUGACAUAAACGUGCCGUACCCCUUCGGAAUUGGCUCUGCCGGUUGCUACUGGCCAGGGUUCGACCUCACUUGUGAUACGAGCCAACGACCAGCAAAGCUACUCCUCGUCCUCCUUGAGUACCCCAUCCACGUCACGGAGAUCUCCCUCCAGAACAACACGGUGCGCCUCAGCUCCUACUUCAUCAUGCAUAUUGACCCCAGCCACUCAACUACUUUUAUUUUGCGCAAUUUCUCGGGGACGCCCUACUCACUAUCGACCGGCAAUGAGUUCAUCCUGUGGGGCUGCAACCUUCAGGCAACGCUGACUGGCGGUGGCCUUGAGGAUUUCAUCAGUGGUUGUGCCUCCUUCUGCCCCUCCAAUGUAAGUGACACCAAUGUCGAGACGGCACUGCGGCGUAGAGGAAGAUACUGCAAUGGGAUGGGCUGCUGUCAGGCGAAUAUCCCCAUGUCUUCCAACGACAUUCCCACAUCGUUCAAACUUAAAGAGCUCAACAAGAACGAUGACCAGGAGUUGACGUCGCAGCCCGUAUACGUGCUAAUCGCAGAGGAGGGGUGGUUCGAUCAGCAACAGCUGUCCAAGGAGAUAGCAGGGCAGGAGAAAUCCGAAAUACCCAAGGUGCAGGUUCCCCUAGUUCUGCAGUGGGAGGUCAUCGAGGGCUUACCCCGAUCAGCGGACAUGAAGGUGCAUCCAGGCUGUCCAUCGGAGGUCGCCGGCAAGCUCUGCAAGAGCAAGAACAGCGAUUGCAAACGAGGGAGCAGAGGCUAUUUAUGCCAGUGCAUGGAUGGCUACGACAAACCCGGCAGCAACCCCUACCUCGCCGAUGGAUGCAAAGGUGGCCGCAGGCCCUUAUCAAUAGGUAUAUACCUCGGCAUAGGAGUUGCUGUUGGGGCAAGCAUCAUACUAUUUGUUCUUGCUGGAUCCUUCAUUCAUAAGAAAUUCAAACAUCGGAAAGCGCAGAUGUUGAGACAGAAGUUCUUUGAAAAAAAUCAAGGACAAUUGUUGCAACAAUUGGUAUCACAAAGAGCUGAUAUUGCAGAAAGAAUGAUUAUAAACUUAGACGAGCUUGAGAAGGCAACAAAUAAAUUUGAUAAAGCUCGUGAGCUUGGUGGUGGGGGGCAUGGUACAGUCUACAAAGGGAUCCUAUCCGAUCUCCAUGUUGUAGCCAUCAAGAAACCAAAGGCAGCGAUUCAAAAGGAGAUUGAUGAAUUCAUUAAUGAGGUUGCUAUCCUAUCACAGAUCAACCAUAGAAACGUUGUAAAAUUCUAUGGUUGUUGCCUUGAAACAGAGGUCCCCAUAUUGGUCUACGAGUUUAUAUCCAAUGGUACCCUUUAUGAUCAUCUUCAUGUUGAUGAACCAAGAUCAUUGUCAUGGAAUGAUAGGCUACGGAUAGCAACUGAGACUGCCAGAUCUUUAGCUCAUCUUCACUCAACAGCUUCAGUACCCAUCAUUCAUAGAGAUAUCAAGUCUAUUAACAUACUUUUGGAUGAUACUCUAACAGCAAAAGUCGCAGACUUUGGAGCUUCAAGAUAUGUUCCGGUGGAUAGAUCAGGGAUCACAACAAGAGUGCAAGGUACAAGAGGAUAUCUGGACCCCAUGUAUUUCUAUACCGGGCGUCUGACGGAAAAAAGUGAUGUGUACAGCUUCGGUGUCCUGCUUCUGGAGUUGUUGACUAGAAAGAAACCAUUUUCAUACAUCUCUUCUGAAGAUGAAGGCCUUGUUUCACAUUUUUCUACCUUAUUCACACAAGGCAAUUUGCCAGCAAUUCUAGAUCCGCAAGUUAUGGAAGAGGGAGGCAGCGAAAUGGAAGAAGUGGCAGCAAUUGCAGUAAUGUGUAUAACAUUAAGAGGAGAGGAUCGUCCGUCCAUGAAGCAAGUGGAGAUCAAACUCGAAGGCACUCAAGCAUCCAGGGGACAUAAGGGGGAUAAUGUAAGAAAUUGUCCAUGGACUGCAGAUGGAGGUAGGAGCGAGGUAUUGUCCAGGCAGUAUAGUAUGGAAGAGGAGUUCGCUUCAUCUUCAAGGUAUCCUCGGUAGUUCUGCUUAAGCCUGAGCUCAUCAGUGCAUUUGUUUUAAACAUCACAGUUUGGAGAUUCUCAUUUGCAUUCAUUUCCCUUCUGCAUUUGGUUUCUUUGCUUCCAUGGCAGCUACUUUUCUUCAUCCUUUUUUUUUCAAAUAAACUUAGUGUUAACACUCAGUGUAAUGUUAUAAACUUGUUGUAA